UCCGGCUGGAGCGCGGUGUUUGUUGGAAGCAGCUUCCCCUCGGGCCAUUCAAGAUCCCAAACUCUUCUGCUGCUUCAGACCUGGACAGCCUGUGGCCUCAGCGUGUUGCAGUGGCCCCAAGCGGUUGAGCCGUCGAAGAGCUUUCUGGGGACGUUUUCCCAGGGCCCAGCCUCAUUCAAGACACCCCGGCACUGCCACUAUCCUGGCCAGGAUGAGCCUGCUGUUCCUUGUCCUUCUCUCGCCACUUUCCUGCGUUUUGGGACUUCCAUUCUACAAUGGCUUCUACUAUUCCAACAGUCUCCGUGGCAGGACCCUGGGCAAUGGCUAUGGGGAAGGCCUAUUCAAUGGCGUGAAGUUAGUGGUGGAGACUUCGGAGGAGUCCCUUUUCAGUCACCAAGGAGCCAGCGUGACCCUGCCCUGCCACUACCACUAUGAGCCAGCCCUGGCGUCCCCGAGACAUGUGCGUGUUAAGUGGUGGAAAUUGUCAGAGAAUGGAACCCCGGAGCAGGACGUGCUGGUGGCCAUCGGGCAGAGGCACCGCUCCUUUGGGGACUACCAAGGGCGAGUUCAACUGAGACAGGACAAGCAGCAGGAAGUCUCGCUGGAGCUUCAAGACCUGCGGCUGGAGGACUCUGGGCGCUACCGCUGUGAGGUCAUUGAUGGCCUGGAAGAUGAGAGUGGCCUGGUAGAGCUGGAGCUUCGGGGUGUGGUUUUUCCCUACCAGUCCCGCGAAGGGCGCUACCAGCUCAACUUCCACGAGGCCCAGCAGGCCUGCCAGGAGCAGGGUGCUGUGGUAGCCACUUUUGAGCAGCUUUUCCGAGCCUGGGAGGAAGGCCUAGACUGGUGCAAUGCAGGCUGGCUACAGGAUGCCACUGUGCAGUACCCUAUAGCGCAGCCCCGGCAGCCCUGCGGAGGCCUGGGUCUGGCACCUGGUGUUCGCAGCUAUGGCCAGCGCCACCACCGCCUGCAUCGGUAUGACGUGUUCUGCUUUGCUGCUCUCCUCAAGGGGCGGGUGUACUACCUGGAGAACCCUGAGAAGCUGACAUUGCUGGAGGCUAGGGAGGCCUGCCAGGAAGAUGGUGCCCAGAUCUCCACAGUGGGCCAGCUCUUUGCUGCUUGGAAGUUCCGUGGCCUGGAUCGUUGUGAUGCUGGCUGGCUGGCAGACGGAAGUGCCCGCUACCCCAUAGUUCAUCCCCGCCUCAACUGUGGCCCCCCUGAGCCUGGAGUACGGACCUUUGGCUUCCCAGACCCCAACACCCGCUAUGGGGUCUACUGUUACGUCCAGCAUUAGCAGCGUGGUCAGCUGUACGUCUGCCCUGACUUCCUGGGCUGAGUGUUUAGCAGGUGGACCAUUGUCCCUUGUGGGUUGGGGAAUUGCUUAGAUAGUUUUUAUACUUCCCAACUCAAAACAUUUAAAGGUAUUAUUAUUAUUAUUAUUAUUAAUUAUUUUACAGACCCAA